AUAAUACUUCAUAAUGACCUCUGUUAUUCGAGUGAAGAGGAAAAGAGAUUGUGAACCUUCUGAAGCUUUGUUAUUGGCUCGAAAAAAAUUGAAAAAUGAUUUUGACAAAGAACCUACCAAAAGUGACAUAGCGGACGUCAUCAAAAUUGAAGAAAAAGUUUUUCAUUUUGCUGGAACUGUGGAGCCUGAUAUAGCUCAUUCACAGCAUGUUGUUGUGGAACGAGUAAAAGAAGCAAUAUUUCACAGAAACCAACAAAAAGAAAUAUUACGGGCUGGGUCACGAAAACGAAAACUGCCAAAAUUUGCCCCUUUUCCUGAACUGCCAAAAAUAAAGCAUCUCAAAGAUGCAACGAUUGCAGCUUGUCAAUCUGUUCUUCGUGAAAAGUGCCUUAAUUUUUCUUCUGAUAAUAAACUUGCCGUAAACUCUAAGAAGAGUCAAAAGCAAAUUGACUCGAGGGCUGAAAGUUGCGAAAAAUGCACAAUUUAUCAUAAUGAUGAUCAUAUACCCAGGAUAAACAAUGUCAAUGGUGGCAAUGUUGAUUCUAUAAUGUGCAAUAAUGUUAAAAUGUUUCGUGAAAAAUUGAAUGUUUCAGCAAAGUCAAAACCAGAAUCAACAGAAUUUGUCUAUGACCUGUAUUACUGCAGAGAUACCACCUCCAAUUGGAAUAUGUCAGACAUUCUAUACGUUCAACCUUACAGGUAUGCAGUGGGUGAAUUAUUGGCUGCAUCAGAUUCUGAGGAAGAAUUGUAUGACGAUGAGGAUGAUAGUAAUGAUGAAGAUAACUGGAGGAAUGAUUAUCCAGAUGAAGAAGAUGAUGAUGAUGAUAGUUCAGGAUCUUCUUCUACAAGUGAAGACGAAUGGGAUCGUUUCGUUCAACAAGAAGAAGAAGAUAUGGAAAAUGAUGAUGAUGAUUUAGAUGGAGGAAACAACGACGCUAAUGAUGCUUGCGAACAGUUUGGUGCUGAACAAGAUUACGAUUACCAUGAUGAUUUAGAUGCAGAAGCGGCAUUUGACUAUGAUCAGAAUGAUAAUAAUGAUCAAAAUGAUCCAAAUCCUUAUUGAUACGAUCAAUACAUUGCUCUUGUUUGGCGAUAUAAAGCAACGAUAGUUUAUAACACAAAUUUCGCGCCAUGUGUUUGAAAAUUAAAUCAAUGAAAAUAUUAUAUUUGGUAUCAUAUCCGUUCAACACAUUACUUGAAAGUGUGGAUGUGCAACAAAAAUUGUAUUAGGUACCAGCAACAGUGGGAGAAUUCUGUCUAACCGAAGAAUAGAAAGCAAAUCAUUAUUUUAUAUUUGACUUAAAUACUUGUGACGCAUUUGUCACCUCUUCCUGUCGUAUUGGUUCGCCAAACCAACUUCAGGGCCACCCAUUCAGAUUUCGGAACUUAAUUUUUUUUUAUAUAUGACUUCAAUGUGUUAUUAUAGGAUAUUAUGUCCACAAUCCGUUUGUUCUUGUAUGGUACAUUUUUUAGGAUUAAAUUCAAAGUCUUUGUAAUGUUCCUUACUUCUUGAGUUAAAUCCUACUAGUGAAUUUACAUUGUUUUUUUACAAUUAUGUUUUGGUAAUAUUGUUAUUAUAUUGUGUGAGCUAAAUUAGGUAUAGUGUUUUGGCUAAAUGAUUACCAAUAAAAUAUUGCACUGGGCAUGAUUUCUAUAGGAAACGGAUUGCUUAAAUAAGGAAAACUUUAACAAGCAGUGUGAACCUGCCUGCUCCGUCCUGAUUUGAUGCUUAACGAGCUUUCUCCAACAGGUUGUUCGAUAAGUCACUCGAGUUUGGCACACGCGGUAUAUCUUGGUUUGGAAAUUUCUGCAAUAUAUUUUCUCAGUCGGGCUGUAGUUCGUGUGUGAUUGAGACAUCUGAUAUCAUUUUAUUCGAUCAUUUAUAUCGAUUUGGAUCGAAGUAUGUUAUAUUUUUGUCUUAGCUAAAAUGAUUAUAUAUUAUACUGAUUCUCUUUUAUGUUAGAACAAAUAAGCAAUACAUACAUGUGUUGAAAUAUAUACAGAAGAAAAAAGGUU